GGGGAGGAUGGGAGGUGGACUGAGAGGAAGGGAAGGAUGUGGGAGUUUCCAGUUUAGGCUGCAGCUGCACACGGACAAUCCCAACAGUGAGUCCUGCGUGGUGAUCAAAGCUGUACCUUCCUGGUGAAUUCUGAGGGGGUCAAUAACGCUGGCACAAGAGUGGGGAAACUGCACUCCCAGCAGCUUGGAAAUAACUUUGGACACCCCCUGAAUUUGUCCCAGAUAGUGCGACCCUGUGGGACACCCUUACAGGACAGAGAUCAGUGUGCAGGUUGGGCACGGCGUCGUUCGUCGCCCUCACCUACCAGCAGUCAUGUUCUCCGAGGACCGCAAGCAGAGCAGCCCACGCUUCCGCAAGCUGCAUUUCCCAGUGGGCCUGUGGAUCAACUCCCCCAAGAAACACUUUGCUAAGCUGGGUCGACGCUGGCCAAGUGCUGGUUCCGUCAAGUCCACCACCAGUUCAGAUGCAGCUUCUGCUCCCGACGUCCCCAGUGCGGGGAUCAGUGGCACGUUUCACUUCCAGCAUCAGAUGACAGCCCACCCUGAACACUUGUCCUCCAAUCCACCACCGUCUUCCUUAUCGAUUUCUACUCCCUCCCUGGCCUCCCACUUGCCCCCUCUGGGGUCUUCGCCCACACCACCCUCUUUCCUGCGCUCAAAGCCAGCAGGUGGAGCGUCGCAACCCCGACAUAAGCGUCUCUCACACCUCUUCCAAAGAGGACGUUCCAACAGCGACCGUGAGAGACAAGGUGGGGAGCGGGAGAGGGUCCCAGAGGCAGUCUACAACCCCCCAGGAUUAAUUAAGAUCUAUGCAGAUGCCCUCUCCACGGGGGCAAAUUACAAGAGUGUGCUUGCCACAAAGGCUUCAACUGCCGGGGAACUUAUAGUCGACUUCAUCUCUCGCUAUGGCCAUGUGCUGCAGCAGCCCACCAGCAGCCUUGAAGAACCAGAAGGAGAAAAUGAGAAGGACGGAAGUCAGAAUGAGUCUGGCACUCCGGGACACCAUCGUGCAGCCACAGCAGAUGACUUUGUGCUUUGUGACGUCAUUGGGAGGUCCAGGUCCGAGGCCAAGGUCCAUCUGGUGAGCAGUGGAUGGGUAGCUGAGUGCCGACGGGCUCUCAGUGGCUCAGAACGUCCCCUGCUGCUCAUGGAGAUGUGGAGACCAAAAGAAGGGUUUGAACGGCGCUUCGAGAUCCGCCGGAGAGAUGAUUUUGAACGUGAGGAGCGUGAGAGGCUCGAGAAGGAGCGCAAAGGAGAGGCCAACAGCACAGCUGAUGUCAAUGCACAGGCACGUCGUUUCCGAGCAGCCAGAACACGUAUGGCAUCCGGGAGUGGUGGCGAAGCAAGCAGUGAGAUCCCUGAGAAGACGGUCGACCUCCGACGGAGCAUCAGUGACAUGAACCUGAGCAUACGUCGCCGGCACGGCAACAGCAGCCGGAGCGGACAAGGCGAGGGGGACCGGAAGAACGUGAAGAGCAUGUUGCUGGAUGAUGGAGAGGCUGCCCUAUUGCCAAAGGAAGCAGAUGGCAACAGAGACACAGAAAGAGACUUGGAGAGAGGCGAGGAGGGAGAAGGUGGCACCAGUGACUUGGAGCUUCUGUCCCAGAGUCUGAUUUUGCCGCCUACAGACAGACCAUAUUUUCUUCUGCUUCAGGGAUACGAUGAGAAAAAGGAUUUUGUUCUCUACAUCAUGUCUCGCUCCACUCACAUUUUUGGCCGCACAAUGACAGCAGCCGAGCGCCAGAAAGAGAGAGAGGGGGCUAAGAACCGGAGGAAGAGGGAAUAUCUUCAAGUAGACACCUUUCUUUCUGCUCCUGACAUCCUGCCCUGGCACCUGCUGGUACGUCGAGGCCAGCCUUUUACCUCCUCAGAGUCUGCUGUAAUCCGACCAUUUAGGGGUGGAGUUGUGACCCAUAAUGGCGCCGAGUUGCUCCGGGAGGCCGAAUUAAAAACGGGAGACAUCAUCGGCCUGGGGAAACACUUUUUCUUUCUCUACAAGGAUCCUACAUCUACGCCCCCACCCAACCUGAGUGGAGCAUUCUGUUGUGGGGCCUGUGGGCGCUCCAUUGUGGACAGGCAGGCAGCUCUACGGGAUUACUUGCAGUCCCGAGAACCAAUAUUGAGAUACCACCCAAAAUUUGAAGAGCAGCUGCUAAAGGAGAUUGUAGAGAAGAACGACUCCUUGCAUAGUGAGGGUGGAGCCCUGGCGCCCGCCUACCUACUGGCACUUUGCAUAGACCACGCCUCCAGACACCUGGCGCCAUCACACUUGCCCGUCCUACUACUGAAAACGGCCAAUUUAAUCAAAUCUCUGGUCUUGGAGAAGAUUAAGGAGAUUGGAGACAAGCAGCCGGAAAACCAGCAAGACAGCCAUGAGGUGAGCACUCUUAGCAUCGAGGCUGUGACCACCGAGCUGCAGCCACUCAUGUUCUGGAUGUCCAACGCUACAGAGCUGCUCAACUUUAUUCAGCUCAAGGUCCAGGAUAUGGAAAAGGAUUGGGAGUUUGAGAACUUGUGCGAUCCAGCCCUGUCAGCUGACCUGGAGAUGGGGUCAGAGGCUUUAACGCUGCUUGAUGACGUCAUCAUGUAUACCUUCCAGCAGUGUGUUUACUAUCUAACUAAGACCCUUUACUCGGCUCUCCCAGCUCUGCUGGAUUCUAACCCAUUCUCUAGUAAAUCAUCUGGAGAUACUCCAGAUGAAGACUUGUCAUCCAUGCCACCAGGAGUAGCCAGAGUCCUAGAAGUGUACAGAUCAACCCUGGAUUUAACCCGAACCUGUCAACUGCACCCUGACCUUGUGUCUCAGACGUUUGGCUACCUCUUCUUCUUUAGUAACGCAUCCCUCUUCAACACCCUAAUGGAAAGAGGCUCCAGUUCAGAAUUGUUCUUCUCAUGGUCUCGUGCUGUCCAGAUCCGAACGAACCUUGAUCUUGUGCUAGACUGGUUACAAGGUGCCGGACUAGGAGAUAUUGCCAAUGAGUUCUUUCGCAAGCUGUCCAUCACUGUGAACUUCCUCUGUAUCCCAAAGACUCUCCUGAUUCAGUCUAGCUGGUCUACUUUGCAAGAGGACUAUCCUUUGCUAAGUCCUAUGCAGUUAAAUCACCUGCUGCAACAUUAUAAACUGGGACCUGCGAGGGAGCCCCCUGCUUCAUGGGCACCACCAGAGGAUACCAACUUGAUGACAGAUAUCUUUGAAAGCUUCCUGGACCACCCUCCUCUCAUACUGCCAAGUGAGGUGUCUCAGCUGCAGCUCUCUGUGCCAAUCCCUUCAGAAGAACUCUACUCGGAGGUCCAACGGGUCAGAACCUUCCUGUGGAACCUGGAACAAGAGUCUUUACCGGCCAAUCAGAGGAUCCAUCACCUGUGAGAAACGGCAGGUCAUCACAAUGGUGGGACAAUGGACCAAAUAUUUUGUCCAGUUUCUUUGUAGGUUUCACGUGAAAUGGCGCAAGGGUGUGUAUCUUAGUAUUGCCAUUCCCCGAUGCACGAGACUUUUCUGUCUGAAGGUCACUUGAUUGUCCUCCUCACGAGAUAUUGGUGUACAGUGUGUGUGUAUAUUUCACCGUUCACUAUGUUCUGAAGUUCUGUCAAUGUAUGACUAUGCCUGUAGGUUAUGCAUGCUACUAGUCGUCUUCAUUCUUCACGGGCUGUGACAGGUCUUGGCCCAGAUCUACUUUCACGUUAUAAUGUUUAAUUGCUCAAAUGAAUCCCUGAUCCUGCUCUGUGUAUGUUGAAGGAUUCUGUUAUUUUGCCCGUCUUGUUCUU